AUGGAUGCACUCCCGGAUGUCCGAGUUCACCGGUGUCUUCAACGCGAUGAAGAGGCGGUGGAGACUCAGCUACAUGUAUUCUGCGAUGCCUCGCAAGAUGCAUAUGGAGCAGUCGCUUAUCUCUGUCAUGUGUACCAGGAUGGUACGAGGUCCAGUCGAUUCGUCAUGGCUCGAGCCAAAGUGGCGCCGUUAUCAGCUGUUAGCAUCCCCCGACUCGAGCUAAUGGGAGCAGUCAUCGGAUGUCGUCUUGGUGUGUCCGUAGCCAAGACACUCGCCAUCGCAAUGGAGAAUGUCGUGUUCUGGAGUGACAGCAUGGAUGUCCAAGUGGUGGAAAGAGUACCAGAACCGUCAACUAUUAGAGCACCUGGCGUGGAACAAUCCAUAGUGGAUGUGGCAGAUAAACAGUUAACAUGCAAUGAUCUGAUACCAACGGCCGGCUCGUCACAGAAAACCUCGGGACUAGUGGCCACCAGCUCCAUGUGUUUACGACCGUGUCGUACAGCUGUGGACUACACGGUUUUCUUCUGUGGUGGUGGCGCGAGGGCUAUGGGGCCGGUUGGAGAAGCGCUGUACUGUAACGUACCUCUCAUUGACAAUGGCACUGCUGACAGAGCCGUUGUCCAAUUCACGCACAAUGUUACCUAUUCUUGCCAAGAGGGUCAGCGGAUCGUGGGUGAUGCCACACCAAAUUGCACGGCUGAUGGAAAUCUCACUUCAGUGCCCUACUGUCAUGCGCUGUACUGUAACGUACCUCUCAUUGACAAUGGCACUGCUGACAGAGCCGUUGUCCAAUUCACGCACAAUGUUACCUAUUCUUGCCAAGAGGGUCAGCGGAUCGUGGGUGAUGCCACACCAAAUUGCACGGCUGAUGGAAAUCUCACUUCAGUGCCCUACUGUCAUGCGCUGUACUGUAACGUACCUCUCAUUGACAAUGGCACUGCUGACAGAGCCGUUGUCCAAUUCACGCACAAUGUUACCUAUUCUUGCCAAGAGGGUCAGCGGAUCGUGGGUGAUGCCACACCAAAUUGCACGGCUGAUGGAAAUCUCACUUCAGUGCCCUACUGUCUAGCGCUGUACUGUAACGUACCUCUCAUUGACAAUGGCACUGCUGACAGAGCCGUUGUCCAAUUCACGCACAAUGUUACCUAUUCUUGCCAAGAGGGUCAGCGGAUCGUGGGUGAUGCCACACCAAAUUGCACGGCUGAUGGAAAUCUCACUUCAGUGCCCUACUGUCAUGCGCUGUACUGUAACGUACCUCUCAUUGACAAUGGCACUGCUGACAGAGCCGUUGUCCAAUUCACGCACAAUGUUACCUAUUCUUGCCAAGAGGGUCAGCGGAUCGUGGGUGAUGCCACACCAAAUUGCACGGCUGAUGGAAAUCUCACUUCAGUGCCCUACUGUCAUGCGCUGUACUGUAACGUACCUCUCAUUGACAAUGGCACUGCUGACAGAGCCGUUGUCCAAUUCACGCACAAUGUUACCUAUUCUUGCCAAGAGGGUCAGCGGAUCGUGGGUGAUGCCACACCAAAUUGCACGGCUGAUGGAAAUCUCACUUCAGUGCCCUACUGUCUAGCGCUGUACUGUAACGUACCUCUCAUUGACAAUGGCACUGCUGACAGAGCCGUUGUCCAAUUCACGCACAAUGUUACCUAUUCUUGCCAAGAGGGUCAGCGGAUCGUGGGUGAUGCCACACCAAAUUGCACGGCUGAUGGAAAUCUCACUUCAGUGCCCUACUGUCAUGCGCUGUACUGUAACGUACCUCUCAUUGACAAUGGCACUGCUGACAGAGCCGUUGUCCAAUUCACGCACAAUGUUACCUAUUCUUGCCAAGAGGGUCAGCGGAUCGUGGGUGAUGCCACACCAAAUUGCACGGCUGAUGGAAAUCUCACUUCAGUGCCCUACUGUCAUGCGCUGUACUGUAACGUACCUCUCAUUGACAAUGGCACUGCUGACAGAGCCGUUGUCCAAUUCACGCACAAUGUUACCUAUUCUUGCCAAGAGGGUCAGCGGAUCGUGGGUGAUGCCACACCAAAUUGCACGGCUGAUGGAAAUCUCACUUCAGUGCCCUACUGUCAUGCGCUGUACUGUAACGUACCUCUCAUUGACAAUGGCACUGCUGACAGAGCCGUUGUCCAAUUCACGCACAAUGUUACCUAUUCUUGCCAAGAGGGUCAGCGGAUCGUGGGUGAUGCCACACCAAAUUGCACGGCUGAUGGAAAUCUCACUUCAGUGCCCUACUGUCAUGCGCUGUACUGUAACGUACCUCUCAUUGACAAUGGCACUGCUGACAGAGCCGUUGUCCAAUUCACGCACAAUGUUACCUAUUCUUGCCAAGAGGGUCAGCGGAUCGUGGGUGAUGCCACACCAAAUUGCACGGCUGAUGGAAAUCUCACUUCAGUGCCCUACUGUCAUGCGCUGUACUGUAACGUACCUCUCAUUGACAAUGGCACUGCUGACAGAGCCGUUGUCCAAUUCACGCACAAUGUUACCUAUUCUUGCCAAGAGGGUCAGCGGAUCGUGGGUGAUGCCACACCAAAUUGCACGGCUGAUGGAAAUCUCACUUCAGUGCCCUACUGUCUAGCGCUGUACUGUAACGUACCUCUCAUUGACAAUGGCACUGCUGACAGAGCCGUUGUCCAAUUCACGCACAAUGUUACCUAUUCUUGCCAAGAGGGUCAGCGGAUCGUGGGUGAUGCCACACCAAAUUGCACGGCUGAUGGAAAUCUCACUUCAGUGCCCUACUGUCAUGCGCUGUACUGUAACGUACCUCUCAUUGACAAUGGCACUGCUGACAGAGCCGUUGUCCAAUUCACGCACAAUGUUACCUAUUCUUGCCAAGAGGGUCAGCGGAUCGUGGGUGAUGCCACACCAAAUUGCACGGCUGAUGGAAAUCUCACUUCAGUGCCCUACUGUCAUGCGCUGUACUGUAACGUACCUCUCAUUGACAAUGGCACUGCUGACAGAGCCGUUGUCCAAUUCACGCACAAUGUUACCUAUUCUUGCCAAGAGGGUCAGCGGAUCGUGGGUGAUGCCACACCAAAUUGCACGGCUGAUGGAAAUCUCACUUCAGUGCCCUACUGUCAUGCGCUGUACUGUAACGUACCUCUCAUUGACAAUGGCACUGCUGACAGAGCCGUUGUCCAAUUCACGCACAAUGUUACCUAUUCUUGCCAAGAGGGUCAGCGGAUCGUGGGUGAUGCCACACCAAAUUGCACGGCUGAUGGAAAUCUCACUUCAGUGCCCUACUGUCAUGCGCUGUACUGUAACGUACCUCUCAUUGACAAUGGCACUGCUGACAGAGCCGUUGUCCAAUUCACGCACAAUGUUACCUAUUCUUGCCAAGAGGGUCAGCGGAUCGUGGGUGAUGCCACACCAAAUUGCACGGCUGAUGGAAAUCUCACUUCAGUGCCCUACUGUCAUGCGCUGUACUGUAACGUACCUCUCAUUGACAAUGGCACUGCUGACAGAGCCGUUGUCCAAUUCACGCACAAUGUUACCUAUUCUUGCCAAGAGGGUCAGCGGAUCGUGGGUGAUGCCACACCAAAUUGCACGGCUGAUGGAAAUCUCACUUCAGUGCCCUACUGUCAUGCGCUGUACUGUAACGUACCUCUCAUUGACAAUGGCACUGCUGACAGAGCCGUUGUCCAAUUCACGCACAAUGUUACCUAUUCUUGCCAAGAGGGUCAGCGGAUCGUGGGUGAUGCCACACCAAAUUGCACGGCUGAUGGAAAUCUCACUUCAGUGCCCUACUGUCAUGCGCUGUACUGUAACGUACCUCUCAUUGACAAUGGCACUGCUGACAGAGCCGUUGUCCAAUUCACGCACAAUGUUACCUAUUCUUGCCAAGAGGGUCAGCGGAUCGUGGGUGAUGCCACACCAAAUUGCACGGCUGAUGGAAAUCUCACUUCAGUGCCCUACUGUCAUGGUAAGUGUUCGGAUGGAUAA